UCAUCAUGUCAUUUCAUCACAUUUCAUUUCAAUUUCAUUUUGUUGUCUGAUGUGAUUGUGUGCGGUUUAUGUUUUACCAUGUAUUGAUUUAGAAAAAGUUAUAACAACAGCUUUCAAAAAACAUUUAAAAUGUCUACAUUAUUUAGUUAUGAGACAUUGGUGCAUGCUAUGGCGGGAGCCACGGGUAGUGUUGUUGGAAUGGCUGCCUUCUAUCCAUUAGACACUUUAAGGUCAAGAUUACAAGUUGCAGAUACAAACAGUCUUCAGGGAUCUCCAUGGGAGUUAUUGGUUAAAUUAGCUAAUGAAGAAGGUUUUGACUCCUUAUACCGCGGUUUGUCUCCAGUUCUUCAAUCUCUAUCUGUUUCAAACUUUGUUUAUUUUUAUUCAUUUCAUGCAUUGCGUAAUUUUGCAUCCAAAGAAAACUCGGCUCUAAAGGACUUGUUUUUCGGAAUAGUUGCUGGUAGUAUUAAUGUUAUUCUAACAUCUCCCUUGUGGGUUGUAAACACACGAAUGAAGUUGGAAAAAAAUUUAUACAAUAGUCUGAUUGAAGGUCUUGUUGAUAUCGGUAAAAAGGAAGGUGCUCGUGGGCUGUGGUCAGGCACUAUUCCCUCAUUGUUACUUGUAUCCAACCCAGCAAUACAAUUCAUGGUAUAUGAAACAGUAAAAAGGCAUUUUGUAUCUAAAAAUAGCUUUCACACAUAUGAGGCUUUCUUAACAGGUGCAAUUGCUAAAGCAGUAGCUACUACCCUAACUUACCCAUUGCAACUUAUCCAAUCAAGAUUACGUGCUGGAACAAGUCUUAAACCUUUAAUGAGUGCUGUCAAAUCCAACCCAGCUAUUAUGUUCCGUGGAUUGGAGACAAAAUUAUUGCAAACUGUAAUGACAGCUGCUCUAAUGUUUUUGAUAUAUGAAAAGCUUGUAAGGCUAGUGUUAACUAUUAUGAGGGUGAGACUUAAUAAAAGGCAUUGAUUUUUAAAUAAAAUGGUGGCAGUAGGUUGUGGCACUUGUUCAAAAAAUAUUAAUAUUGGCAAAAUUGCAGACUUGAUCUGGGGAUACUGUAAAAUAGGGAUUACUUAUAAUAUUUAAAUUAAUACAGAAAUAUGAAGUGAUGUGUAUUGCCAAAAUAAAACACGCAGGUUGGCUAACUUAUGAUAAUGUAGGGUUAUUGCUUAUUGGUUAAGGACUAAUACAUAUUUAAGGAAUCUUAAACUACCGACAAAAGGCCGAUGUAUUACUUUGUCGCCCGAGGGUGUAAAUUUGUUGACUCGUAGUGAAUUUUACAAAGCAGACAAAACUAAGCUAUUAAUAAAUACUUACUCUCUCUGCUCUAUGAAACUCCCAGAUCUUUUUUACAAUGUUUGUUAUAUUUUUUUUUAUCAAAACUGUUUUAUGUGCAGUGUAACAUAUUAUUUAUGCUCUUCAGGUACUCUAGAUAGUAUUAGAAUAGGCUAGUUUCCUAAAAAAAUGUUUUAGUCCGUCAAUUUUAUAUAAAAAAAUAUUGGACACGUAUAGGUAUUUUUAAUUGUCAAUCAAACAAAUAAUUACUAAGUUAUAAUGCGUUGAAGUUCAGCGCGACGUCACAAAGUGCUGCACUUUUACGCACUCACUGACGUCACGGGCCUUUUCUUUAGAACUUUGGCACGCUUUUAUCUCUUUACAUUUUCAUUAGUUUUAAAAAGUGAAAAAUAGGUGUCGAGUAUUUUUGAUAAGCUAACUGAUGGACUAAUUAAAACUCUUGCUUUUUUCCCAGGAAACAUCCCUAUUCUAAUAUUUCGCAAUGUAAAAUUACGCAGUUUAAAAAAGUUCUGACAAAUUAGCUCUCUUAAUUAUAUGACUAAAUCUCUUGUAGUUAAAUUAUAUAGCUUUAAGAGUAGACAAAUGGUCGUAUUUUUUUCAGUAAUCGUCUUCCCAGUAGUUCGAAAAGUAAAUGAAAGUAAUGAAUAGGUAUGUUGCUAUUUGAUAAACAUAUUUGUUUGCUAGCUAACUAACUAUGAACUUAGAUGGCUUGGAAAAGUUGUAAUAUAUUUUUAUUUAAUUCUAUUCCACUUGGAUCGCCUAAGUCUAUAAUUAACUUGAGUGUUCCACGAAUUAGAUAAUGUGAUAUCACCUAGGAUGAAAUAGACUUAUAAUCACAUAUUAAUUAACCUAAUUGACGUUUGUUUUCUUAUCUUAGUUUUUUAGAGAAAUUAAUUAUUUAUUAAUGUUCAGUGCUAUUCUUUUUGAUGAUGCAUGUUUCUUUUUAAACACUGAAAGAAGUCACAUAUGAUUAUGUUGUCUUAAACAUAACUUCAGUGGUGUUUUAAAAAUAAGUAAGAUUUGGUGAAAGAAUAUUAAACUUACCACAUGGAUGUUAAAAUAAUUGUUUUGCUUUGUUCUAUUGUUGUAAAGUUAACAUGAAGUGUUGCAGUGACCAAAAAUUAUUGCAUUUAGUUUUUAUGGCUAAUAACUUAGCUUUAUUAUCUUGGUUAAAGAUAUUUAAAGAUUAUGGUGAUAUAAUUUUAUUUAGUUAAAUAAGGGCUUGGUGCAAAUGUAUGAUUUUGUGUAUCAUAAUAAAUAAAAGACUAUAAUGUGUAAA